AUGGCCCAAGCUGGAGCGGGGCUUUUUUUCGGCGAGCGGUUGCGGGCCGACCGCGAGACGCCUGGUUUUGUCGAGAUUCAUAAUGCCCUGUAUCCACACGCGUUGAUGGCUUCUCGGGAAUCUCCAGACGUUCUCGAACCCACGAGUCCAGCGGCAUUGAAUGCAUCGCAUGGUUCCCAUCCGCCAUUGAAGAAGCGCAAACUGUCCCACAGUAGCUCCGGAACACUCUCUACAUCUAUAUUCCGUAUAAAGGGCCUUGCAUCCUCAUUAUCAGACAAUGGCUUCACCUUGGAACCGAUCACUCUGCUCCUCCGUUCGAGGCUGCCAUUCUCAUGGCUCGACACGUCCACUCCAAUCCAGACCGGUAGUUUGUUUGCGACCAACAACCCCGACCUGGAAGAUGACCUUUGCGGAUGGGAGGAGCCGACCGUGCUCGCUGCUCGAUCGAUCCCCAAUGGCACACUGUACAUAGUGGAAAGGGUGAAGUCUGGAAUAUAUGCUCUCUGCAGAUUGGCUUCUUGUGUUGAUGAGGGGGACCUCCUCGUCGCAGCCAAAGAAGGGCGCCAUUCCCUCAGGAGGAAGCCGUUGUUGGACCUCGAAGCGUCUGACAAGGAGGAAGGCGCCGACUGGCGAGAGGCUGCGAGGGUAAAUGAAGGCUUCCUCGACAUCGAGCCGUUUGGAAAACGGAGGAAGUUCGAUGUUUCUGUCGUGUUUGAGACGGCCCAGAAUAACGUGUUACAUGAGAUGGAUACGGAAAAUGGCAUCGCUCAAACAACUGAGCAGAGCAAGAAGGACAACCACGUACAAACACCGCCUGAAGAAGGCGUGCAGAUGCCUCAGCUGAACACGGAUGAACAGUCCGGCACGGCAGAAGGAACGCAGGUUACUGAAAAUCUGCUUGACAGCUUGAGAACACAGUACCUUGAAGCGCUUUACGUGUCGAAGACAUCAGUUGCCUACUUCGCCAAAGGGCCCUUGACGCGUUGUCGAAACGCAUUCCAAACGCCGGGUCAAGACGGCGCGGUAACAUCUUCAGAACUCAUCAGCUUCUACAGGGAUGCUAUCCUUCCCGUAAAGAAAAUGGAUCUAAAGUAUAAGGAAACCAUCCCAACGAUAAUCCGCAAUGUGGCACUGGUUCUGUCCGAAGACGAAGCAGACUCACGUCCAAGGAAACGCAAAAACAAGAAGAAAAAGCUGGGCAAGAACGGCCUGUAUCCGGAGGAGGAGGGUUUUAUCAGAAAAUGGUGGAAAAGUCGGCACUUGACGGAGAACGCAGGGUCCACAGAAGUGACGAGGGAAGAAGAGGCAAAACGACAUAUUUCCGACCUGCGUUUACGCGAAACCCAGCUUCAGAUCCUGCUGAUUCUGGAAACAAUUGCCUUGGAAACGUCGGGUUCAACAACGUCAGGAGAAGCUCCUCAAGAACAUGUUGAUCACGAGGGUGGCGCUAAGCAGUCCAAGACAAAGCAGCAGGAUCUGAACGUUCUUCUGGAGCUGCUUCUAGAUAGGCUGUGCAUUUGGCACGCAGUCAGCGCUGAAGAUUCUGUGGUCCCCGAUACAGUGAAAGAGAAUGGGGACAACCACCUCUCAGGAAAGAAAAUUGAGAGUGACAUGCUCCGGGACUUUUGCACCGAGGUCAUCAUUCCUUUCUAUGCUUCGCGUCUUCCAGAGCAGUGCAAGUCGAUCAAACGGAAACUCGGUGGUCCAAAUCUUGCCUCUCCGCCCCGUCCGACGCACCAUUCCAAGAGUUCAUCACGCACGAAACCUGGGACUGUCGCCAAACGGCCAGAACCUCAAAAGUCCCGUCGCACAUUGCAGCGGGUUCUGACUGAUGAGAAGGCAGCUGCUUCGCAAAGAGGACGACACCCGUCGCUCGCGCGGUCAAGCACCGCACCGUCGUUACACGAGGUCAAGCGUGAGUCUGUAGAACCAUCGCUACCGUCUUUGAACACGACCGUUAGAGGGGGCAUUCAAGUUGCUAGGCGCGUGGACAACAGGGAGGUAGACCUCAAUGCUGUCGCGAAACAGCAUGAGGCGAAGAUCAAGAAGAUGCACAUGCUCAUGGAACAGAAGAGGGAGCUUGAUGCUGCCAUCAACGCUCUCAGGAGGCCUAACCGAGAACUUAUUGCGAGAGAGAUUGCUGAGCAAACGGAGAAGAGAAUUGCAAGCACGAGCUCGCGGAAAUCGAGAAACCCAUCGCGGAAUCCGCCCGGGCAAGGAGUUCAGGUCAUGGCAACUCCCAAGGGCUCCAGGAAGAAGGAUGUCGGCGUGGACCUGCCGCCGCCUCCUCAAAGUCUGGCGCGAGCGUCUGUUAGUCGGCAACGUGACACAUCUCCUCCAGCUUUGGAGAGUGAUAUUUCGAUGGUGCCUGCUUCAGCCGUUCGGCCCAGUUUCCCUGAUCCGAACGUAGACAGAGACGAAAUUAAUUCUAUCCACGAAACUCCAUCAAGGGGACCUUCGAAGUUGUCAGAUCCGCUGGAAACGAUGGUCAAAGAGGCCGCCGACACGCCGCGCGACUUGGAAUGUUCAAGAGCUCUAUUCAAGGUGCCGAAUCUUCCCGUUUCUCGUUCGGCUGGAGCCUCAUCGACUCCUGUGUCUUCACGACUGUUUUCUGGCAGUCGCAGUAAGCCAGAGACGGACGCCCCUACAGUGCAGGAAACCCCACCGAGAUCUGUGUCUGCUACACUUCCCACUGUGCCAUCGUCCCCUGCGCCCGUUUUGGAUACACCUGUGAAAGGCGGUAACAGGACACCGAUGACCCCUGAGAAAUCGAUUUAUGAGCAGUUAGGCUGGGACAACGAUGAACUGGCCAUGUAA